GGCGGGGAAGCGGAGGAGGAGCGGUGCGUGCGACCCCCUUCGCUGUGGCCUCCGCGGUCCCGAGCUGAGGGGGACGUGGGCGAGCUCGGAGCCGCGCGAUGGUCUCAGUGAGCUUUGAGGAUGUGGCUGUGCAGUUCACCCAGGACGAGUGGGCUUUGCUGGACCCUUCCCAGAGGAGUCUGUACAGAGAUGUGAUGCUGGAGACCUGCAGGAGCCUCGCUGCCAUAGGACACAAAUGGGAAGACCAGAAUUUGGAAGACCAUUAUAUAAAUCCUGGAAGAAAUCUGAGAAGUCACAUGUUUCAGACCUUCGCUGAGAAUGAAGGUGGUGAUCAAGAUGCAGAAAACUUGACUUGGAAACCAAAACUCAGUAUGAACACGAGAAGUCCCACUGGGUUAGCCCCAUGGGAUCACAGUGUGUGGGGAAAGGCUUCCCCAAGUCAUUUGUCCUCUAGGCGUACCACACCUCACUCCCAGUGUGAUGCACAUGAGCAGGAGAGAUAUGUGACCAAGCAGUAUAACUCGGAUUCUCUGAGAACCUUCCAGCGGUACAUGAGAACUCACGUUGUGAAUGGGCCAUGUGAAUGUGAAGUAUGCUUAAAAUACUUUGGUUUUCCAGGUACAUUGGAAACACAUCAGGAAACUCAUAGUGGAAACAAUCCCUGUCACUACAAGGAAUAUAGAAAGACCUCUGUGGAUAUUAGUUCACUGUGCGCACAUGGAGGAACUCUUGCUGUGGGAAAAUGUUAUGAGUGUAACCAAUGUGGGAAGUCUCUGAGUUCUUAUAGUUCACUUCGAAGACAUGAAAGAAUCCAUACUGAGAAAAAGCCAUAUAAAUGCAAACAGUGCGGGAAAGCCUUUCGAUACCACAGUUACCUUCACUUACAUGAAAGAAUUCACACUGGAGAGAAGCCCUAUGAAUGUAAACGAUGUGGGAAAGCAUUUAUAUUUCCUGGUGCCUUGCAGGUACAUGAAAAGAUUCAUACUGGAGAAAAACGUCAUGAAUGCAAACACUGUGGGAAAGCCUUUAGACGGCACAGUGAUCUUCAAGUUCAUGAAAAAAUUCAUACAGGGGAAAAACCCUACAUAUGUAAACAGUGUGGUAGAGCUUUUAGACUUAACAGCCAUCGUCAGAGACAUGAACAAACCCAUACUGAAGACAGACCCUUUAUAUGUAAACAGUGUGGCAGAUCUUUUGAAUGUUACAGUAAUCUUGAGUUACAUGAAAAAAUUCAUACUGGAGACAGACCUUUUGUUUGUACAGAAUGUGGCAAAGCUUUUGGAUGUUACAGUAACCUACAAUUACAUGAAAAAAUUCAUACUGGAGACAGACCCUUUGUAUGUAAAGAAUGUGGUAAAGCUUUCAUAUGUCACGGUCAUCUUCAGAGGCACGAAACAACCCACACUGGAGAAAAACCCUAUGGAUGUAAACAGUGUGGCAAAGCCUUCAGUCGCAACAGUCAUCUUCAAAGACAUGAAAGAACUCACACGCAAAUGUCUACAUGCCCCAGAAAAUGAUUCCACCAAAGUCCAGCUAGGCAAAACAGUGGCUGUAUUAGGAUUACUUCUAGGACCGUGGACAACUUACAGCUGCAUCUUCAAAAUGCUACCCUAGCCUGAGUAAUCACAGGAACUACCACUCUGGGGAUCUCUGCAAAGCUUGUAAGCAGCUAGCUCAUCUGACGGGAAAGUCUCUUCUCUCAGCAAUUAUUUACUGCUUUUGUAACCUUUGAAGAAGACCUUGUAAAUCUUUUAAGGCUUAGUUUUCUGCAGUUUGUUAGUUGUUUACUUCCCAAGUCUCCAGCCUCCUCGUUUGAAGUCAAAGGAAAUUGUUAGCAGUCUAUCUUGCUGUUACAUUUUGUAGUGUUUUGAACCUUGGCGGGGUGGUAUAAACGGCCAGCUAUGACUGAGCAUUGAGAUCCUGUACCACAGCCCUCAUUUAGCGGCUUCACCAGUAGCUGUGGGCUCUUAGCCACCAAGGUCUUACCAUCUAGUUUUGGUGUGAAACCAGGAGCAGUGAUAGUAACCAUUAUGGUUGUACCUCGGGGGUCUCCUUGGCCAACAAAUUAAAGCAGGUAUCUCAUUCUUGGCAUUGGGAUUUUAUUUAGCACCCACUAUGAGUGCCCUCCCCAUAUAGAAUGCCUUCAUUACUUAAACAGUUUAGCUGUUAAUAACCCACUUUGAAAAAAAAAAUCUAGCCUCAGUGGAUGUAUAAGUGAAGAAGAUGUAUGGUUGCACCUGGCUGUCGGUGGACUGGUUCUGUGCAUCCUGGUUAAUGGCUGUCCUUGUCUCUCACUCUUCUGCUGGUUCCUAUACAUAACACUGAAUUGGGUAGGACCUUUAUGCAUGGAAAUGCUUAUAAGAGGCCUGUGGCAGUGUCCACAUAGGCGAGAGCUCAUUUACACUCCUCACUGAUAAGUAUAGGGACCGUUUAGUGUCUCAGUCCCUCAUGGGGCAAGAUGACUUCCCAUCAUAGCAUUGAUCAAGGCCACAAUCAAGAACAGGCCUAUGGUGAGACCUUUUGCUUUUGGGCUAGGAUAUAAAGAUACCUUAGGAGAAAACUCUCCUGCUCAGAAGUGUUUUCUUCUUAACUGGUCAGUGUGUCUAUUGCUGUGAGGUGGCUGCUGCCACAGUCCUCCACAUACACCUUUUGGCCUUCCAACAUGCACACAGUAGAAGCAACUCUUCAAGAAUUUUUCCAGGUCUUUACUGCCAGAGUGAGACGACUCAGGCAUCCAGUUUCACAGACUGAACAGCUACUGGUCAGCCCAUCACACAGCCAUUAUUGAACUAACCAGCCCCACUCUAUAAGCUCUCCUGCCGAAUCCCCUUCCGUUACAUACAUACAAUCUAUUCAUCUGCUCUCUACAGAGUCCUUUGUAAAAUGACUUGGUACAGAAAGGGCUGUAAAGAAACAGAAUUGAUGGUUAGUGAUGUAGUUCUUUUGGCACAAUUCUUCUGAGUAUGCACAAACAUCUGGAUGGGGUCCUGUGGACCAAAUUUACCAGGUAGAAAUAAAUGCCUUUAAGGAAAAGCAAUUUUUAAGUGCUUGUUACAAAAAGGACUUAAACCUCAAGCUGGUUUAGUUUUAUUGGAAAACAAAAGUCUCCAAGACUGUUCGUGUUUCCUGUCAUUGCUGGUAUAUCAGAAUUCUAUUAAAAUUAACAUGUUUGCUAUUUA